AUCCCACGGCAGGCCGGCGCGUGCACAACACGAGCACACACAAGCUUUCAAAAGGUACAAAGACAGCUCCUUUCGUCAGCCUUCUCCUCUGUGACGCAUUCUCGCCAUCAUUGCAAUAUUUUCAACUUGUCUGACAUCUAGCGAUAAAAUAUUCAACUACACAUCACGUGACUUAAAAUGGCCGCCUCCAUGAGGUUUGAUCGUCUGGUCAGGCUAGGAAAUUUAUUAGUAAAGAAAAGAAGCCUCGUACCUGGCCAAAUAAAACAAAUAUUACGUCUUCAUGAUCAAAUUACAUCAACCGGCAGGGGGCAGAUCCGCGUCCUCAGCACACAGCACGCGGCUGCCUCGGACUCCGACGGUCGCUACCACAACAUCAUCCGAGAUUCCGAGAAGGCCACCGGAGAAAGUGCCAAGCAUGAAUUCCAAGCGGAGACACGCAUGCUACUGGACAUAGUCGCCAAGUCUCUGUACUCCGACAAAGAGGUGUUCAUACGGGAGCUGAUCUCGAACGCGAGCGACGCCCUGGAGAAGCUGCGCUACCUGCGGCUGGAGGGAGGGCAGUCGCAGGACCCCGGGGCGACCGGCGGGGCCCUGGAGAUACACAUCGCCACGGACAAGCAGCACAGGACACUCACCAUCCAGGAUACAGGCAUUGGUAUGUCCAAGGAUGAACUGAUAGCCAACCUUGGUACGAUCGCUCGUUCUGGCUCAAAGGCGUUCUUGGAGCAGCUGAAGGGCAAGGCUGGCGGCGAGGAAUUGUCCACGAUCAUCGGGCAGUUCGGGGUCGGCUUCUACUCCAGCUUCAUGGUCGCGGACAAGGUGGAGGUGUUCACCAGGAGCAGCCAGCCCGGGUCCGUGGGUCUGCGGUGGACCUCUGAGGGGACUGGUACCUACGAGAUCCAGGAGGCGGAAGGCGUGCAACCGGGCACCAAAAUCGUGCUGCACCUUAAGCCCGACUGCCGAGAGUUCAGCGAUGAAGAGGUGAUAAGAGGUAUCAUCAAGAAGUACAGCAACUUCGUGGGCAGUGCGAUAUUCCUGAACGGCGAGCGGGCCAACGUUAUCCAGCCGCUUUGGCUGAUGGACCCGAAGGAGGUGACCCCGCAGAUGCACCAGGAGUUCUACCGCUUCGUGGGCAACACGUUCGACUCCCCGCGCUUCACCCUGCACUACCGGACUGACGCCCCGCUCACGCUGCGAGCGCUGCUCUACUUCCCCGAGGGGAAGCCCGGUCUGUUCGAAAUGAGCCGCGACACGGACAUCGGAGUCGCGUUGUACAGUCGCAAAGUGCUCAUCAAGAGCAAGGCAGACAACAUCCUGCCCAAGUGGCUUCGGUUUGUUAAAGGGGUGGUGGACUCGGAGGACAUUCCCCUGAACCUGAGCCGAGAGCUGCUCCAGAACAGCGCCCUCAUCCGGAAACUGCGCACGGUCCUGACGAACAGGAUCCUGCGCUUCCUGCACGAGAAGUCGACCAAGGAACCCGAGGCCUACGAGCAGUUCUACAAGGACUACGGCCUGUUCCUGAAGGAAGGGAUCGUGAUCGCGACGGAGCAGCUGGAGAAGGAGGAAAUUGUGAAGCUUUUGCGGUUUGAAUCUUCAAACCUCCCGCCUGGCGGUAAAGUGACGUUACCGGAGUACCUGGGCCGGCGGAAGGAAGGGCAGAAAGACAUCUUUUACCUCGCAGCCCCGAGCCGGGAGCUGGCGGAGGCGUCGCCCUACUUCGAGGCGCUGAAGCGCCGGGACGUGGAGGUGCUGUUCUGCUACGAGCCGUACGACGAGCUGGUGCUCAUGCAGCUGCGGCAGUUUGACGGCGUCCCGCUCACGUCCGUCGAGAAGGAGAUGAGGAAGGACAAGGAGCCCGACGACCUCUCCGACCUCGGGGAGGGCAGCCUGCGCCGCUCGGAGGCGGAGGCCCUCAUGGGGCACGUGAAGAAGUGCCUGGCCGGCAAGGUGCACAGCGUGCGGGUCACCAAGCGACUGGACUCGCACCCGUGCGUGGUCACGGUGGAGGAGAUGGCGGCGGCGCGCCACUUCGUGCGCACCCAGUCGCACCAGCUGACGGAGGAGAGCCGCUACGCGCUGCUGCAGCCCCAGCUCGAGAUCAACCCCCGGCAUCCUAUCAUCAAGAAGCUGAGUAAACUGACAACGGACAACCCGAAACUGGCUGAGCUUGUGAUACAGCAGCUGUUCUGCAACGCGAUGGUGUCGGCCGGCCUGCUGGAGGACCCCCGGACCCUCGUCAGCAGCAUGAACGAGCUCCUGGCGCUGGCUCUCGACAAGCACUGAGAAGACGUACCGAAGUGAGAUGGUCAUUCGUUUGAUGAAAUAGAAACAUUUUAUUUUGUCUUUUGAAAAAUUUACUGUCCUAAAUGUGAAAUGUGUUUUCAAACAGACACUGUGGAUGCAUGUUGAUAAAUACUGGGGAAUGUUAUGCGAGUCCAAGGUAAUAAUAAUUACUGAAUCCUGUUGAUAAAUGUUGUUGUUUAUGUUGUAAAUGUACCAUUGAAAUAAAUUUUUUUUUGUAACA